UUAAGCCCACCAAACGGACUUUGAGUGUGGAGCGACGGCGUGUUAUGUGAAGUGAAGAUUGAAGACGUGAUAGAAGAUGGACGACUACUGCUAUGCUAAGAUGGCGACGUCCGCUAAAAGAGAAGAUGAAAGAGAAUCAGCGCCACCAACGGAGAACAAUCUGAAAAGCGAAGAUGAAGACGUCCAAGUUUCCCCUCAGUUAGGGGGGAGCUCCACUUUGAAUCAGGAGACUCCACAACCACCAUGCAUUAAAAAGGAAGAGGAGGAACUCUGGAUCACUCAGGAGGGAGAGUGUCUUCUAGGACGAGAGGAAGCUGACUACACCAAGUUACCACUGAAUAUUAUCUUUGUGAAGACUGAAGAUGAUGAAGAGAAACCACAAGUAGACAACCUCUUAGCUCCACUAUCAGAUAGUGAGGCUAAAGACGAGGUUGAAGAACCUUUGAGCAGCGAUAAAGACUGUGAAGGUGAUAUGAGGACUCACACUGACAACAAACACUCUGAAUGCUUUACAAAAAAGAGCGGUAAAACAUCUUUGAGGCGUUCAGUUUGUGUUGAAAGUUUUACUAAAAAGAACCAUUUUAUCGAACACAUGAGAACACACACAGGUGAAAAAACAUUUAUCUGUUCGAUUUGUGGUAAAAAUUAUUCUUUACAGAGCAUUUUGACUAAACACAUGAAAUCACACACAGGUGAAAAACCAUUUAGUUGUUCAGUUUGUGGAAAAAGCUUUUCUCGAAAUAUCAAUUUGACUCAACACAUGAGAACACACACAGGUGAAAAACCAUUUAAUUGUUCAGUUUGUGGCUACAGCUUUUCUCAAAAUAGCCAUUUGACUCAACACUUGAGAACACAUACAGGAGAAAAACCAUGUAAUUGUUCAGUUUGUGGCGAAAACUUUUCUCGAAAGAGCAGUUUGACUAAACACAUGAGAAGACACUCAGGUGAAAAACCAUUUAGUUGUUCAGUUUGUGGCAAAAGCUGUUCUGUUAAGAGCACUUUAAUUGAACACAUGAGAACACACACAGGUGAAAAACCAUUCAGUUGUUCAGUUUGUGACAAAAGCUUUUCUGUUAAGAGAAAAUUGACUCACCACAUGAAAAUACACACUGGACUAAAACCAUUUAGUUGUUCAGUUUGUGGUACAAGCUUUUCUUAUAACAGCUCUUUGUGUCGACACAUGAGGACACACGCUGGAGGAAAACCAUUUAAAUGUUAAGUGUGCUGUAAAAGGUUCCCACAUAAUGCAGACGCAGUAAAACACACAAAAAAACGCACAAGGGAAAAUAACCAAUUAGCUGUUUAGUUUGUGGUAUGUUGCUCAUAUGUGGCGACAUCCACCCUACCCAGGACCUCCUCACUGCUUCUUUCACAAAUAUCUGAGGUAUUCAUACAAAUUUGGAUUAUUUGGAGCAUAAUCUUAUCUACUCAUGACCCCAUGUCUUCUCUGUAUCUGAAACCUUCCUGAACAGUAAGAUAGAUGAUGCUUCAAGUGCUUGGUUACUCCUUCUUCAGUCCAGGGACCUGGGGCCUCAUGUGUCAAGUUGUGCACACUCAAAAACCUGCACUACACCCUUUUUCACUGCAAAGUUGAGAUGUAUCAAAACUGACAUAAUUAAAAUGCAGCAUGAGACACUGCACACUGAUAUAGUUACCGGUAUGUGAAAAUGAUUGUCUUCUGUGCAAAUGUA